CUGAAGGCGCUGAGGAUGCUGCUGCUUCAGAGGAUGCUGCUGUUCCCGAGGCUGCUGCUGCUGCUCGGGCUCCUGGCUGGAGCGGGGCGAGCCGCCCCGGCCCCCUCCACCCUGCCCAUCAGCCCCUCUCCCUUCCCCAAGGUCCCCUCCCACGCAUCCCAGGCCCAGCGGGAAGGGCCCCUGCCUGCCCUCGCCUUUCCGCAGGAAGAAGCCACUCUCGACGAGAUGUUCCGUGAGGUGGAGGAAUUGAUGGAAGACACGCAGCACAAGCUGCAGAGCGCCGUGGAUGAGAUGAAAGCAGAGGAGGAAGCCACCAAGGCGUCAUCAGAAGUCCUCUUGCAAGACCUGCCUCCCAAUUUCCACAAUGACUCCCACAGUGAAGUCAAGAUUGGAAACAAAACCAUCUACAGGCACCAGGAAAUUGACAAGGUAACCAACAGUCAAACUGGACAAACAGUUGUUUCAGAGACCAUUAUUACCACCAUAAAGGAUGAAGAGAAAAGGAAUCACGAGUGUAUCAUUGAUGAGGACUGUGGGACAGGGAAAUACUGCCAGUUUUCCAGUUUUGAAUAUACUUGUGAACUCUGUAAGAGCCAACAAACUCGCUGCUCAAGAGAUAGUGAAUGCUGUGAGGACCAGCUCUGUGUCUGGGGUCGUUGCAUAAAAGGUGCUUCAAGAGGUAGUAAUGGGACCAUCUGUGACAAUCAGCAAGGCUGCCAGCCUGGUCUGUGCUGUGCUUUUCAGAAAGGGCUGCUGUUUCCUGUGUGCACACCACUGCCAGUGGAGGGAGAACCCUGCCAUGACCCUUCUAACAGACUACUGGAUCUCAUCACAUGGGAGCUGGAGCCUGAUGGGGCACUAGACCGAUGCCCAUGUGCCACUGGCUUAAUCUGCCAGCCACACAGGCACAGCUUGGUGUAUGUGUGUGAACUAUCCUUCAAUAAAACAAGGCGUGAAGACAAAGAGCAUGCAAUGACAAAUGAGGGCCUUCUAUUCAGCUUGCUGCCUGGAGCCAUUACUGAGGACCAGGAAGAUGGAGAUCUCAUCCAGGAAGUCCGUAGGCAACUGGAAAACCUGGAGAGAGAUCUUUCAGAAAUCUCUCUAGAUGAGCCUUCUGUGACCUCUGAUCUGUUUUAUGUAGAUGAGAUUUAAAUCAACAAGGACAGCUUUGUAAUCUAGUCUUUUUACAACUGUAAUUUGUGUAUAUUGUCUUGCUUGUAUAGGCCCUAAACACAUUCACUGUUGGAUAGAAAUGCAAUUCAAUAACUAAUAUAUUUUGAGGGAAUAUUUUUCUUGCAUGUUCAGAUGAGGUUUCUUUUUCAGUGUUUUCAGUUAAUUUAUACAUCUGGACCAAAAAAAAGUUGCACUGAAAAAAAAAUUAGGCUUGCUAUGCUUUUGGCCAGAUGACUCUAAAUUAUGGGUAUAAAAACGAAUUCUUAUUUUUGCACUUGCUCAGCUUAAAUUACCCCCAACAUUUAAUAUGAAUGGUAGGGAAAUGGCAUUUCCCCCCUUUAAAAUGGUUUGAAAGAUUUUGGUAGGAUGAGCUGUAAAGUGAACAAUUUUCCCCGCUGUUUUUUUUUUAGGGACAGUGAACUUUAGCCAUGUACAGAAUUCCUUGUAAUUUUGAAAAUAUAAUCAUGGUGAAAUGGCAAUAA